AUGUGGCUUCUUGGGCUUCAGGAUGACGGCGCCUCGCUCCUCACGCGCCUCCUCCGCUUCUCAGGCGUGAUACUGGUCGCGUUACUCGUCCACGCCUUUCGCAAAGGUUAUCGAGUUCGCAAGAAGUUCCAGGCCCUCAAGGAUCAGGGAAUUCCCAUUAUGAAACAUUCUAUGAUUCUCGGCCACCUUGAAGUCAUUGGGAAACUUGUCUCAACACUUCCAUCUGAUGCUCACGGCGAUUACCUGAUGCUGAAGAUUCAAGAGAACUGGCGGGAACUCUUCCCCCAAUGCACAAAAUGUCCACCUGUUGCUUACAUCGAUACUUGGCCCUUCACAGCGCCGAUGGUUAUUUCUCUCAACGCACAUGUUUCGGCUCAGUUCACACAAGAACACUCACUACCCAAGGCUUAUGAACAGAAGCAUGUUCUCUAUCCCCUCACAAAGAACCGCGAUUUGGCCUCCAUGGAGGGCCCGGAGUGGAAGGUCUGGCGUAAAAGACUGAGCCCAGCAUUCAGCAUUCAAAAUAUCAAUAGUCGUUUACCAGACAUUCUUGAAGAGGUGGAGGACUUUGCCAAUGUUCUCAAGAGUAAAGCAGGAAAAAACGGAGAAUGGGGCGAGGUCUUCCCACUUGGAGACGCCACUGCCAAUCUCACUCUCGACGUUAUCAUUCGUCUCUUUCUGAUGUAUUUCUUCGUCAAUCCCGCCAACUUCAUCCAAUACUGCAAUCCGUGGCGCCAUUUCAAACUCUGGCAGAACUACAGAACUCUUGUCAAAAGCUUCACUCCUGUUCUUCAAGAGCGCAUGAAUAAGCUUAAGCAGGAUCGCACAGCAAAGGGAAAGACACUGGUUGAUCUAAUCGUACAAGCUCUCGAUGCCGAGAGAGCUGAACAGAAAGGAGCGGGACAGAACGACAAGGACCAACUGAACAUGGAGCUUGACGCUGACUUUCUGGAGAUGGCCGUUGGGCAGAUCAAUACUUUCCUCUUCGCAGGUUUUGAUACCAGUGCUGCAACUAUUGCUUGGCUGUUCCGCCUGCUCAGCGAAUAUCCAGAUGUUUUGGCCAAAUUGCGAGAGGAGCAUGAUGCAGUCCUUGGCCCAAAUGCCUGGGGUGUUGCUGGUGUGAUAAGGGAGAACCCACAGCUGCUGAACCAGCUCCCUUACACACUAGCUGUCCUUCGUGAAUCUAUGCGUUAUCAUACCAACGUCGGUUCAAUGCGUCGUGGCGAGCCCGGGUUCUUCCUCGUGGGUCCGCCGGGCUCCGAUCCUGGAUUUGAAGGGAAGAAGCUGCCAACCGAGGACUUCAUUGUCUGGGACGGGACAUAUGCAAUCCAUCGUGACCCUGAGAUCUGGCAUAGAGCCUGGGAGUUCCUUCCAGAACGUUUUCUUGUCACUGAUCCGGAGGAUCCCUUGUACCCGCCACCCAACGGCUGGCGUUCAUUCGAGGCUGGGCCACGGGUUUGCAUUGGGCAACAUCUUGCAACCCUCGAGAUGAAACUAGCCAUGGUACUGGUAGCGAGAUGCUUCGAUAUCGAGUGUGCGUGGGAAGAAUGGGACCAGAUCAAUGGAACGACAAACUCUGAAAAGGCACGGCCGACUGUCUGGGAUGAUCGUUGCUAUCAAGUUGGAACUGACUCGCCGCCACGAGUCAAGGAUGGUAUGCCUGUGCAUGUCAGAACGCGUGGACUGUAG